GCGGAUGCCAGGAAGCUGGGAGUGGGUGAUGCGCGCCGGGCGCGUCCUCAUCGGCGGGCUCGGGAUUAGAAAAAUGUCCUCCCUGCCGGGUGACCUCAGGCCUCUGAUCGCGGUUUGCCAGAUGACCUCAACGUCCGACAAAGAGAAGAACUUCUCCGUCUGCUCAGGACUCAUCCGGGAAGCGGCUUCCCGUAAGGCCAGCAUGGUGUUCCUCCCCGAGGCCUUCGACUACAUUUGUGACAACACGGAGGAGACCCUGAGCUUGGCUGAGACUCUGGAAGGGGUCACCGUUCAACGUUACUCCAGCCUUGCGAGGGAGUGCGACGUCUGGCUGUCUCUAGGGGGAUUUCACGAGAAAGGACCUUGUUGGGACACAAAGAUUUCCAACUCCCACCUGGUUCUGGACAAUACAGGUCGCAUUGUAUCGGUGUACCGCAAAGCCCACCUGUUUGAUGUAGAUCUGCAGAGCGGGGUGUCAUUGAAAGAAAGCAAAUACACGAUCCCUGGACCGGGGUUGAUUCCCCCCGUCAGCACCCCGGCCGGCAAGGUUGGUCUAGGGGUCUGCUAUGAUUUACGCUUCCCAGAAAUGGCCCUAGCGCUAAGCCAGGAAGGGGCAGAGCUUCUGACGUACCCUUCAGCCUUCACCGUCACCACUGGACUCGCUCAUUGGGAGGUGCUACUAAGAGCUCGAGCCAUAGAGAACCAGUGUUACGUUGUUGCAGCCGCGCAAACAGGCAGUCACAAUCCGAAGCGAUCCUCGUACGGCCAUGCCAUGGUUGUGGACCCGUGGGGCUUGGUCGUGGCGCAGUGCCAGGAGGGCGUCGGGCUGCGCUAUGCCGAAAUCAACCUGCGGUACCUCAGCCGCCUGCGCACGGAGAUGCCGGUACAGAACCACCGGCGACCCGACUUAUACGGCAAAAUCGCCAUGAAGCCGACAGUCUGAUACGUGGAUGACCGCCAGAAGAGACCUGGAUCUAAAAUGUUACCGUUAUGUCCAUGUACAGCGAAAUCUAUUUCUGAUGUGAAGAGGGACCGUGUUGGACAAAAAAAAACAAAAAACAAACACAUCUGUAAAGGUUAUUGGUUGUGUUCCAGAUUUUUGAAUCUAUACAAACAAACAAAAUAUGUUGUGAUAAUUAAUACUUUACAAAUAUUUCUAAUAAAGUCUAAUAAAUAAACGAA